AUGCGGUCCGUGUUUUUCUUAAGCACCUUGCUCUGGUCAGCUGUUUCCGGCUACAAUUGGAAAAAUGUGAAAAUUGGCGGUGGUGGCGGGUUCGUGCCCGGCAUCGUCUUUAACCCUACGGAAAAGGGACUCGCAUACGCGAGAACGGAUAUUGGAGGUCUGUACAGACUGAACCCGGAAGAUGACUCGUGGACGCCGCUGCAAGACUACGUUCAAAAUGGACAGUGGAACGAAUGGGGUGUCGAUGCUCUGGCUUCCGAUCCUGUCGAGCCCAAUCGAGUGUAUAUUGCAGUCGGAAUGUAUACCAUCGAUUGGGACCCCAACAACGGCUCGAUCCUGCGAAGCGAGGAUUACGGCAAGACAUGGGCUCGAAGCCCUCUUCCAUUCAAGCUCGGUGGUAACAUGCCUGGCCGAGGAAUGGGCGAGCGUCUGGCUGUUGAUCCCCAGAACAACAAAAUCAUUUACUAUGGAGCUCGCAGCGGAAACGGCCUCUGGAAGAGUGUCGACCAAGGAGUCACGUUCGAGAAGGUCACCAGUUUUACUGCUGUCGGGACGUACAAAGCAGAUGCGAGUGAUACGACGGGGUACAGCAGCGAUAUCAACGGACUGGCUACUAUUACGUUUGACCCUACCUCCGAGCUCAUCAACGGAGCUAGCUCGAGAAUCUAUGUCGGCACUGCGGACAGGGACUCUUCGACGUGGGUGUCUGAAGAUGCGGGAGAGACGUGGAAGGCGAUGGCUGGCCAGCCCACAGGCGUUUUCCCGCACAAGAUGAAGUACUCUACGGCCGAGAAGGUGCUUUACAUCACUUACAACAGUGAGUCCGGGCCUUACAGUGCUGGCACUGGUUCGGUGUACCGAGUGGCGGCGGACGGCACCUUCUCAGACAUCACACCUGCGUGGGCUACUACGCAUAACCUGACCAUUGGCUACGGCGGUUUGGCGUUGGAUACGAUGAGCCCUGGGACUUUGAUGGUGUCUGCUAUGAACCUCUGGUAUCCCGAUGUACAGAUCUUCAGGAGCAACGAUUCGGGUGCAUCUUGGACAACCAUCUGGGAUUUCGACAACGGAAAACAGACAUUUAACUACACAUACGAUACGGACAAAGCGCCAUGGGUCAGCAACCAACGUCAACCAGACGACACCAAAGUCCUCGGCUGGAUGGUUGAGGCCCUCGAAAUCAACCCCUUCGACAGCAACCACUGGCUCUACGGCACCGGCCUCACAAUAUACGGAGGGCACGAUCUCGAAAAAUGGCCCUCUGUCCACGUCUCCUCGCUCGCCGAUGGUGUGGAAGAAACAGCCGUCAAAGGCCUGAUGUGCCCUCCCGGGCUUGACGCGCCACUCAUCAGUGCCGUCCUCGAUGUUGCCGGCUUCGUACACAAGGACCUCGACGUCUCUCCAAAUGAUGUCUUCGAAGAUCCCUUCUGGUCAUCAACCACCGGCAUAGACUUCGCAGGCCAAGCCACGUCCAACAUCCUGCGAAUCGGAAACUCGAAGCUCGCGACCUCCUCAGACGGCGGCACCACCUGGAAGCUCAACACUGCCGUCCCAGCCACCGCAUCCGAGGGCUCCAUCGCCUUUUCGGCAGACGCCUCGGUCAUCGUCUGGACAUCUUCCGCCGGUUCCCUGCUCGUCGCCAACGACAGCAGUACCGAAAUCGCCACCCUCCCCAAGGGCAUAUCCGUCGUCUCCGACAAGGUCGACCCCAAAUACUUCUACGCCGGCGACACCAAGAGGAUCUACGUAUCCAGCGACGGUGGCAAGUCCUUCGUGGUCACCGCCGAAAUCGCAUCCAGCGGCAACGGCAAGAUGGCCGUCCAUCCCGCGAAGGCAGGCGACGUCUGGUAUUCCUCCAGCUCGGGUGUCUACCACUCGACCGAUUUCGGGCAGACCUUCACGGCAUGCCCCAGCGUGACAGGCGGGGAGGCCAUCGCGAUCGGCAAAGGUCCGGCCAACAGCACGAACGUCUACGUCUUCGCCACCAUUGAGAGCGAGAUGGCGCUGCGGCUGAGCAAUGACGAGGGCGCCACGUGGACGGCGAUCAGCAAUGCCGAGUAUGGCUUUGGGGCCGCGAGUGCGAAUGUCCUGGCUGCCAGUUGGGAUACGGAGGGGCAGGUGUUUGUCGGCACGAACGGAAGGGGGAUCUUCUACGGCAUGCCUUGA